ACCGGCUUCACAUGGUUUCCGAUUUAUUGGCGAAUAUUUCUAUGAUUUCAUGAACCAUGGUUUAAGAUUCAAACCAAUGGCAAACGCACUGUCCAAAACCAUAAUUCAUGAAGAACUGUAGAAAUAUUCGCCAAAAAACUGAAAAUCAUAUGAAGUCGGUCACUUAUCAAACGGAGUUCGGGCACACCGUUUUGCUAUUUACUUGUAUUAUAUGUUUAAAUUUAUAAGUAUUUUAUUGUAAUUUAUAAUCGUAUUACCAAUAUCAUGCAAAUUUAUUUAUACAAAUAAUUAUUUUUUUAGUGCAUACGUUGUAUAAAGGAAGAAUGACAGCAGCCAGAUAUGAUCGAAAAAUUAAAAAAGUGUUUCAUCUAGUUUUUCAGAGUUUGUGAUCUGUUUAAAAAGGGGCUACUUUCACUCUCUAUUGUAUUGUCGUAGCGUAUGAGGUUGAAAAGUAGGUGUUUAGAGGUGUAUUAUAAAAAUGAGUAAUCAACAUUUCUAUACAUUCAAAUAACAAUUUUGUGAUUUUGAUGCAAUAUACUGGAGACAAUUAAUAUAAACCAGUUGACAAAUAUUAAUAAAACAACCAUAUAAUAAUAUGUGUAUUUAAAAUAAUGCAAUAUAUGAAUAUUAUAUUGAGCCUACAAAUCAGUAUAUAAAAGUAUCAACAUUAUUAUUAUAAUUUUGGUAAUUCAUUAAAAUAUAAUAUAAAAUGGCUCCAGUGCCUUUAGAGGGUCAUCAGACCCCUGUAACUAAUAACAUCCCACAAGAAGGAAAUCGUGGUGGUUCUAUUUCUCUUGGCAUGCUCAUUGAUUUUAUAAUACAGCGUACUUAUCAUGAACUCACAGUUUUGGCUGAAUUAUUGCCUAGAAAAACUGAUAUGGAACGUAAGAUAGAAAUUUACAACUUUUCAGCAAGAACCAGACAGCUGUAUGUACGAUUAUUAGCAUUGGUUAAAUGGGCUAAUAGUGCUUCCAAAGUUGACAAAUCUGCGCAUAUAAUGGCCUUCUUGGACAAGCAAUCACUGCUUUUUGUCGAUACGGCCGACAUGCUUGCGAGGAUGGCUCGAGAUACGUUAGUACACGCUAGAUUACCUAAUUUCCACAUUCCAGCCGCGGUUGAAGUUCUUACAACUGGAACCUAUAGUCGCCUACCGGCAUGCAUAAGGGAAAGAAUUGUUCCUCCGGAUCCGAUUACUCCGGCAGAAAAAAGAAGUACGCUUCAAAGAUUAAAUCAAGUAAUUCAGCAUAGAUUGGUAACCGGAAAUUUACUUCCACAAAUGCGUAAUUUAAAGAUCGAAGCAGGAAGAGUAACAUUUCUUGUGGAGCAAGAAUUUUCGGUAUCGCUUACGGUAAUGGGAGAUGGUCCGACGGUACCAUGGAGAUUAUUAGAGCUGGAAAUUUUAGUAUCGGAUAGGGAAACAGGAGACGGAAAAGCUUUGGUGCAUCCGCUACAAACUCGCUAUGUGCAUCAAGUGGUUCAAUUGAGAUUGGCGGAAAGUUCAAAUCCAUUAUCCGAAGUUUAUCAUAUUUUACAUUACUUUUGCCAAUCACUGCAACUGGAAGUACUUUACUCUCAGACGCUACGACUGAUACGAGAUAGAUUGGACGAUCACAUUCACGUUGAUGAAUAUACACCAGGAAAAUGUCUUUCUGUGUCAUAUUGGAGGGAAUUAACUAGUAAAGAUCCUCGAUCUGAAUUGGGAUAUAAACUUACAGUGCAAGUAGAUCAACACGAUCCUGCGAGGCCUCUCGCGAUAGUACACGUUCCAUCUUUAGGUAGUAAAGAAAGUGAAAUAGCAGACAGAGCGAUCAGAUCGGAUCAGUUAUCGAUGGAAUGUUUACUGGUACACACAAUUUAUGUACGUACUAGAAGUAGAUUAUUAGAUCUGAAACAAGAACUACAAACAAUGUUGAAAGAUGUUGAGUGUACCUUGGCUGGUUCGCCUGCGAUCCUUUCUGUGCCAAUCUUGCAACCUUGCUUGAGAGCAGAACAUUUAUUAGUUACCGUUGAUACUCACACUGGAAUGUUGCAAUGUCAUGUGCCUCAGUACGAAGCACCUUUGGUACCCGAGUUGACUGCUGCUUUAAACGGUGAUCAUUCUCGUCUUCCAACCUUAAUAUCAGAGCUCAGAUUUUGGAUCACACAAAGAAGGUGCGAGAAAACGUUGCAGCAUCUUCCAGCAACUUCUCACGAACGUUUACCGGUGCUCCUUCAUCCUGAUCACCCGAUAUCAAAGAUUAGUAGACAUCGUAUGUUUGUCCAGCUGCAUCGACAUCCUACAGUAAUUUUGAUAGUAGCAUUUAAAGAAAAGGAAACUUCACUGUGUGAAAUCGAGUGCUCGUUUUACCUGGCAGUAGUAAAACACAGUUCCAUAGAAGAUGAUCCUCACGAUGAUAGUAUUGAAACAGAGAUCCCAAAGAUGUACUUGAAAGUACAAAGUUUAAUUGAAUUUGAUACAUUUGUCAUAACUCAUGGUCCCUUUACUAGCGUCGAUAAUGAAGCUACCGAGAUAAGUGCUAAACGAAGAAGUGCGGGGCCCAGUGGAAGAGCCGAUACUGGUACAAUAUUACAAAAUAGAAGAUCCAAACAGCCUGCGUAUUUUAUUCCAGAAUUAGCCCAUGUGGUUGCUCUCUGUGACGAAAGAAUACCCUUUGUAACGUUGGCGCAAGAGUUAACUAGAAGAGAAAUAGCUCAUCAGGGACUUCAAGUAGAAGCAAAUGCUACUGCAUUAGUAUUAAAAUUAGUUCAAUUACCUGCCCCUUCUGCUGCAAUAAGUUCCAGUAGCGCGUGGUACGCGCUUCUUAAAAGAUUACUUAGCGUUUCAAUUAGAGUCCAGGGUAAGGGUAUGGCUAAAACAUGGAUGGCUGAAUUUGUGUUUUAUGGUAGUCCCUUAUCUAGUAGUCAUCCUAAGGAACAAGGAUUAAGGAGACCAGUAUACUUUCAGUAUGAAAUGGGAACAGCAGAUACUGUGUCACGUACAGUAGAUGCAUUACUUAAUGAUUGGGCACAAAUUGUACACCUGUAUUCUCUUGUACAUGAUUUAGCUGAAUAUUUCAAAAUGGAAAAGUAUAAUUUGCGUAACAUGGUCAGUAUAAAGUCAUACAAUUAUAGUAAAUUAGUGUUAACCUAUGGUCCUAAUCGUGGAGCCACCGUUACUAUCCAAUGGAGUAUCGAUGAUAAGGCUUUCAAAUUAAUUUUUGGAAGAAGUCCAAUGAGUACUGCCAGUAAUGCUCAUUCAAUUAUGAAGGAACAACUUGAAUCUCACCUAAAUAGACAUAGAAAUUUAGCACAACUUAUACAUAUUCUUCAUGAAACACUUCAACCCCUUACAUCAAUUAGUAAAUUACCCACAAUUCCACAACUUUGUGUCUAUAAUUCGAGACCUCAAGUACCGGUGCAAACUUUUACUAUUAUGCCACAGUGUGUAACUCUAGUCAGAAUUGCAUAUCAAGGUAUGUACUGUUUGGAACUACGUUUACGAGGAGGUGGUUUAGUAAGUUUGCGAGAUGGAGCCUAUAGCCGUUUUGAUAGGAGUUACGUUGUUGAUGAAUUUACUCCAACCCAAGGCCUUAAGGCAUUUCUAUCCAAAUACGUGGACGAGAGUGCAGUUUUUCGUAGAAGAUCUCAGUCAGAGGAUGAUAAUCCUCCUUCUCCUGUGACAAUGGAUAGCGAUGGCGGUAGUGGUAGUGGGAACGUAGGUUUCUUAAGUCAUCAUAGAAGUGGGCCACAAUCGCCUGCUCAGCAGAGAGAUGGUUUAAGAUUUCAUCCUCCGCUUACUCCACCUUCUGGUAGUAAUCCUCAUACUCCAGCCAGUCCACAUACUGCUAAUAUCUCACAGACGAAUCAACAUCAGAGUUUUGGAAGCAGCCCAGCCACUUCUUUCAACUUGGCUUCACCACCCUCGCUACCGCCUAACACACCUAACAUGUUGCCACAUCCUUCACCAGGUUCUGGACUAGUCGCUAACAGUCCUCUUAAUCCAAUGCACGUCCCAAGUCCAGCUGGAUUAAUGCCAACGUCUUCGCCAGGACCUUGCAGUAACGUUCAGGUGGGCCACUCUCCUGCAGGAUCAUUCAUGCAAACUGGUCAUAUAGAUGGAAGUCCCUUUCCAUCUUCCCAGAGUAUGGCUUCACCAGCGGCAUCUAACUGGCCAGGAUCGCCCAGUGUACCUAGACCAUCUCCAGCGCGACCUGCGCAGAGUCCAGGACAUGCUGCGUUACAUAGUCCUCAAGCAUCUGAUCAUAAAACUGGAACGCAUAUUUCAAGAGUGCUUCCACAACGUUCAUGGGCCGGCGCUGUACCUACUCUUCUUACUCAUGAAGCUUUGGAACUGCUUUGCUGUCCCUCCCCACAUCCGUCUGGACUUUCCGGCCCUGAUCUUUCGCCACUAGAAAGAUUUUUAGGAUGCAUUUACAUGCGCCGACAGUUCCAACGAUUCAUUCAAACUGACGAUUGUCUAACUGCAAUAAAUAGUACAGAACCAGGAGUAGUACAUUUCAAAGUUGAAAGUCUUCAGUGUCGAGUUGGUUUAAAUCCACAACACUUACAAUCACUUCAUAUUAAAGUGCAACCUCUUCCUGAACAUAAAGAUCAAUGGACGCUUGAAGAAUUACAAAUUAUAGAGAAAUUCUUUGAUACAAGAGCAGCAGCUCCGCCAUAUAAACCAAAUACACUUUCUGGUUUUGGUAGAAUGUUAAACGUUCCGUUUAAUGUUCUGAAAGAUUUUAUACAAAUUAUGAAGUUGGAAUUAGUACCUGGAUUAGCGCAACAACAACAACUUAAAUGGAACGUACAAUGGUGUUUAAGGAUUCCUCCUUCUGGAACUCCAAUUGUACCUACUGGUAUGGCAGCUGUGCUUGUUUGCAGAAAUAAAAUUCUAUUCUUUUUGCAAAUAACAAGGAUUGGGUUACCGUAUCAAGGAGAAACACCAUCAUUGGUUUUACCAUUAGUCUACGACGUUAGUACAAAUUUAACACAGUUAGCUGAAAAAAGAGACCCUAGUCCAGCUUCCGCGAUGGCUGCUGCAUCUUUACAGUUGAAGAGAUUUGCUGAAUAUGGUGCGAAUCAAUCCGAGUGUUCUCUCUUUCCAGCUGUUAGGGACCUGCUAGCUAAUUUGACUCUUCCUUCAGAACCACCAGUUAUGUCUCAAGUUGUUCCAUCGCCAGCUGGUGGGCAAGUAACACCAACACAGCAGAUACAAAGUCCUGCAAUGCAACUACAUUCUCCCAUGGCUGGAAAUCAAGGUCCUCCACAGGCACCAUAUGGGAUUCAAGGUAUGCCUCCAGUGGGAAUAAUGGGUGGACCACCUCAAUAGGAUAUGCUUUACUCUCCUAGUCCCCUCUGCCUGCCGAAUCAGUCGACCUGGAUCAACUGAAUCGUGCUGUAGUGUCCGUCUCAUAAAUGUACAGUCUUCUUUUUCUUGAACGGACCGAUUUGGGGAUCUGUAGGAGAGUUCUUCUGUUGAAAAGCUUGUUCUGUAAAAAGUUAGUAUAAAUGAUAGCUGUAAAAAGAAACGUAUACAUUUUGAAAACAGUUUUCAUAGAUUUAUUUAUGGAUAGAUGAAACAAAUUCCAUUUUAAAAUGAUUUAUUUUUAAUGUAAUCUAUGCGUCUGUAUUUCAAUUAUCUUAUUAGCAUUAUAUUGAGGAAUCAAAAUGUUAAUUAAUAACUUUCUAUAUGUUUUAUGAAAAUAUCAAAUAUUAAGUUUUAAUAUUUAGACUUCGAUAAGUUUAAUGGUAAAUUUAGCAAAUUAAAAGAUUGUAUCUAUGAUAAGCAAAUUCUUUUAUUAUUAUAAAAAUGACUGUGAUACUAGUUCAAGUGUAAAAUAAAUGAACUUUAUGGUUAGAUAUAAAAUAAUAGUUCAAAACCACCCAUAUAUCUGAGAAAAACCAUAACUUACACUCCUCUAAACAUGCGACGCCGGUGAGUCGACCUAGUUUUGAAAUCUCAAACGAUAAUUCGUUGAGUAGUUUGCGCCCUUUUCGUAUAGAUGGUGCCACCGUUUAUUGGAAUUCCGGUCGGUAACUCGUCGUGUAGUUUCCGCCAUUUUUGUAUAGAUGGCGCAGUAAUAGAAAAAUUUAAAAAUUAUUACGAAUUGACAAUUUCUCUGAAAAUUAUUAAUCCUUUUCCUGCAAUAAAACAAUUAUUUAUCACAAC